CAGGACCAGAGAGCUGCGUCGCGCGGCGAUGCCAGGGAAUGGUCUUGGUAAACAGCGUGAGGGACAGGUGAACCGCGGUGUUUCGUGGCGCGUGCAGAACAACUUACAAAACACAACGGAGAUGCGCUUCCGGUUCUGCUCGAGCAGCUCGAGCGCGCCGAACACGGUGUUCAUGCGAGCUUUAUAGAUGGUGUUAUUGGUGCGAGCGCUCCAAAAGUCGUCUUCGGUGGGCUCGAGCCGUCCGGGCCCUCCUUCCCGACCGAUCCCGGGUCCCAUCUCACUGAUCCCGGGUCCUACCUAACCGAUUCCGGUUCAAGGCUGACCGAUCCCGGGUCCUCUCUGACCGAUCCCAGGUCCUACCUGACCGAUCUCGGAUCACUCUACCGAUCCCGGGUCCUCUCUGACCGAUCCCGGGUCCCAUCUCACCGAUCCCGGGUCUUACCUGAACGAUCCCGGGCCCCGGGGUUUUAGGUGCUCCAGGGGGGAUGCACCUCAGCGUCUUCCCGUACUCUCUGUCCGUCGUGAUGGCCGCUCUGUACCAGGGCGCCGAGUCCUCGUCGCCCGACACAUUCCUGGCGCUGAAGGACGUGCGGGAGGUGAAGGAGGACACCACGCUGGACGAGAAGCUCUUCCUGCUGGCCUGCGAGAAAGGUGACUUCUACAUGGUGAAGAAGCUGCUGGGGGAGAAGCGCGAGGAGGAGCUGAACCUGAACUGUCUGGACGUGCUUGGGCGGGACGCCGUCACCAUCACCAUCGAGAACGAGAACCUGGACAUCCUGCAGCUGCUGCUGGAGCACGGCUGCCAGGCCACCGACGCCCUGCUGGUGGCCAUUGACUCUGAGGUGGUGGGAGCUGUGGACAUCCUGCUGAACCACCGGCCUCGCAGGUCCUCCAAGCCCUCCAUCGCCAAACUGAUGCAGAGGAUCCAGAACGCGGAGUACUCCACCACCAUGGACGUGGCCCCCGUCAUACUGGCGGCCCACCGCAACAACUACGAGAUCCUGACCAUGCUGCUGAAGCAGGACAUCUCCCUGCCCCGCCCCCACGCCGUGGGCUGCGAGUGCACGCUCUGCAACGCCAAGAACAAGAAGGACAGCCUCCGACACUCCCGGUUCCGUCUGGAUAUCUACCGCUGUCUGUCCAGCCCGUCCCUCAUCAUGCUGACGGAGGAGGACCCCAUCCUGAGGGCCUUCGAGCUCAGCGCCGACCUCCGGGAGCUCAGCCUGGUGGAGGUGGAGUUCAGGAACGACUAUGAGGAGCUGGCCAAGCAGUGCAAGAUGUUUGCUAAGGACCUGCUGGCCCAGGCGCGUAACUCCAGGGAGCUGGAGGUGAUCCUGAACCACACGUCCACCGAGGACCUCCUGGACAAGAGGGGCCUCCUGGAGGACCGCAUGAACCUCAGCCGCCUCAAGCUGGCCAUCAAGUACAACCAGAAGGAGUUCGUGGCCCAGUCCAACUGCCAGCAGUUCCUCAACACGGUGUGGUUCGGCGAGACGGCGAGCUACCGGCGGAAGCACACCUGUCUGAAGAUGGCCACGGUGCUGAGCGUGGCGGUACUGUGGCCCGUGCUGUCGCUGUGCUACCUGGUGGCGCCGCGCUCCCGCGUGGGCCAGCUCAUCCACACGCCCUUCGUCAAGUUCAUCAUCCACAGCGCGUCCUACUUCACCUUCCUCCUCCUCCUCAACCUCUACUCCCUUGUCUACAACGAGGGCAAGAAGAACACCAUGGGCCCGGCGCUGGAGAUGAUCGACUUCCUGCUCAUCCUCUGGAUCCUAGGCAUGGUGUGGUCAGACGUGAAGCGCCUCUGGUACGAGGGUCUGGAGGACUUCCUGGACGAGUCCAGGAACCAGCUGAGCUUCGUCAUGAACUCCCUGUACCUGGCCACCUUCGCCCUGAAGAUCGUGGCCCACAGCCAGUUUAAGAACGUGGAGGAGACGGAGAGGAAGAACUGGGACGCGUUCCAUCCCAUCCUGGUGGCCGAGGGCCUCUUCGCCUUCGCCAACAUCCUGAGCUACCUGCGCCUCUUCUUCAUGUACACCACCAGCUCCGUGCUGGGGCCCCUACAGAUCUCCAUGGGCCAGAUGCUGCAGGAGUUUGGGAAGUUCCUGGGCCUGUUCCUGCUGGUCCUGUUCUCCUUCACCAUCGGCCUCACGCAGCUCUACGGGAAGGACCACAAGGACCCCGACAAGAACCCCCCCGACUGCCAGGGGAUCUUCUGCCAGCAGCAGAGCAACGACGCCUUCCACAGCUUCAUUGGGACGUGCUACGCCCUGUUCUGGUACAUCUUCUCGCUGGCCCACGUGGCUCUGUUCGUGACGAGGAUCAGCUACUCGGAGGAGCUGCGGUCGUUCGUGGGGGCGCUGAUCAUCGGGACGUACAACAUCGUGGUGGUCAUCGUCCUCACCAAGCUGCUGGUGGCCAUGCUGCACAAGAGCUUCCGCCAGAUCGCAAACCACGAAGACAAGGAGUGGAAAUUCGCCCGGGCCAAACUCUGGCUGAGCUACUUUGAUGACAAGUGCACCCUGCCUCCCCCCUUCAACAUCCUGCCCUCGCCCAAGACCCUCUGCUACCUGCUGACCAGCAUGAACAAGUGGGUCUGCUCCCACACCUCCAAGGGCCGCGUGAAGAGACAGAACAGCCUGAAGGAGUGGAGGAACCUGAAGCAGAAGCGCGACCAGAACUACCAGAAGAUCAUGUGCUGCCUGGUGCACCGGUACCUGACGUCCACGCGGCAGAAGAUGCAGAGCACGGACCAGGCCACGCUGGAGAACCUCAGCGACCUGCGCCAGGACCUCUCCAAGUUCCGCAACGAGAUGAGGGACCUGCUGGGCUUCAGGACCUCCAAGUACGCCAUGUUCUACCCCCGGAGCUGAACCCCACAACCUCCGGAGGUCUCUGGAACUCGUGGACUCACAGAGUAUGUUGUAUCCCCAGACUCAGGCCGGCCGCAUGGCAUGAGGAGUUCUCUGACCACUCGUCUUGUUACCGUUUGAAUUCACAGGAUGGGUUGUGUAUCAGGAAUGACUAGGAUGCAGCCAAACUAUUGUAUUAUUAUGAGGUCUUUAUAGUGAGGUCUGAGGUCUGUAGUGUGAGGUCUGCCUUACCAGGACUGCUUUACGAGGUCUGUAUAGUAAGGUCUGCAUCACAAGGUCUGUAUUACAAGGUCUGUAUUACACGGUCUUUAUUGCAAGGUCUUUAUUACCAGGUCGGAGGUCUGUAGAGUUGGGUCUGUAUCACCAGUUCUGUUUUUGAAGUCUGUUUACGAGGUCUGUAUUACCAGGUCUGCAUUUCAAAGUUCUGCAUAGUGGUAUCUGUAUUAUGAGCUCUGUAUUACAAGUUCUGUAUAGUGAGGUCUGUUUUAAGAAGUCUGUAUUAUAUUAUAUUGUUACAAGGACACAGAGAUCUACUUUUAUCUGAUGCAUGAAUUUCAGUUAGACAACGAGGAAGAUGGUAUUCGAGGAUUUUAUUUGGCAGGAAACAAUGAACUUUAAAUAACUAGCAGACUUUUUCAUAUGAAAAUAUUUAAUUUAAUCUCUUUACUUUUUAAACGGUUAGAAAUAGGCUGGCAGAGAACCUUUGCAUCUAUUAAAUAAAACUUUUGCUUCAAAAGAGCCUUGUUUAUUACUAAUCCAAAGGAUCCUAUAUAAAAUCUAUUGCACAUGUUACCAUAAUAAAUAUCUCCCAUGUCCAGCUAAAAUACAUCUGACAUAGUUUACUCUCAUAUUCAAAGAUAAAUAAAG